CUUGAACGGCCAGAUUUUAAGGUUCUUUCCUGUGAUACAAAUCUGAUGCGAUUCGUUUUCCUUUUCUAUUUGAUAAAAAAAGUUGUCUGAUUGGUAACGAUGAUGAAAAUGAAACAGAGAUGAGCAAGAAAAACUUGGCGAUUCUGUUACGCGCUAGGAUGAGGUCUAACAAUUCUGCCAAAUCUUCCCUUUCUCAGUUUCCUAAAGAGAUCCCAUCUAAUCCUCAAGAGAACCAUUCUGGAGAUCAUCACAUAGUGAGAAAUUCUAGUGAUCUUGAUACCAGAGGAAGGGUAUACGAUGUAGUUCGUGAAACAAUGCACUCAGCUAUCUCUGCUAGUAAAACUGGUGUCUCAGACAUUACUCUUAAUGACUUUCAAGAGGGAUACUCUAGCCUCUCGCUUGAAGACCGUGGGAAACUCCUUCUUGCUUUAGCUAAAGAAUAUGAUGUUAAUAGAGAGCAAGUCCGAGAACUCAUUAAGCAAUAUCUUGGACUUGAAACCCCAUCAAGUGAUGAUGCUUUAUCUUCUGUUUUCUAUCGCAUUGAGUGGAAUCUGAGACAUGCUCUCAAGCCAACGUAUGAAUCUUUCUUUGAGAGGUUGAAUACACACCCAGGAGGGUUGCGGUUUCUCUCCAUCCUCCGUGCUGAUCUUCUUUCUAUUCUCACGAAAGAAAACACACCCUCUUUGCGAACUUUAGAUUCGUAUCUAAAGGAGAAACUAGGGAUGUGGCUUAGUCCUGCUACUUUAGAGCUUCAUCAAAUCACUUGGGAUGAUCCUGCUUCCUUGCUUGAGAAAAUUGUCGCUUAUGAGGCGGUCCAUCCAAUCAGCAACCUCUUGGAUCUUAAAAGAAGACUGGGAAUAGGUCGUCGAUGCUUUGGUUAUUUCCAUCCAUCUAUUCCUGGUGAACCACUUAUUUUCAUAGAAGUUGCUCUUAUGGAAACCGUUGCUCAGACAAUUCAGGAAGUUUUGUGGGACAAUCCACCCAUACCAGAGAACCAAUCAACAUGUGCUUUGUUUUACUCAAUUUCUUCAACUCAGCCUGGCUUAGCGGGGAUAAACCUCGGUAAGUUUCUGAUCAAACGGGUGAUUACAUUGGUGAAGAAAGAAAUGCCACAUGUUUCUACAUUUGCAACACUAAGCCCCAUUCCUGGAUACAUGCAAUGGCUCCUCUCGAAGUUACAAACUCAGUCAAGAUUUGCUGAAGAAGAGCGCGGUGGUACAGAAAGCAAUCCAACUUCAUCUACUUUCAGCGAGCAAGUGUUAUUACCAGAAGAGGAACAAGCCCUCAUGAGUCUAUCAGAUGAUUCUUCCUCUGGUAGCAACGGCAUGGAAGUUCUGUUGAAUUUUCUGACACAAAAGAACUGUGAUUGGGCUACUUCACCUCGUGUAUUGCCGGUUUUAGAACCUAUUCUGAUGCGGUUAUGUGCUAGGUACCUCUUGCAGGAGAAGAAAAGAGGAAAAGCUUUAGACUCUGUUGCUAACUUCCACUUGCAAAAUGGAGCGAUGGUUGAAAGAAUAAACUGGUUGGCGGAUCGGUCAGAGAAAGGUAUCCAUCAAAGUGGAGGCAUUAUGGUUAACUAUGUCUACAGGUUAGAGAAUAUCGAAGACUAUGCUCAAUCGUAUUUUGGGUCGGGUCAAAUCCAUGCCUCUCCUGGUAUCCAUUCCCGUCUCUAAGUAAACUCCAGAAUGCAAAUUAGUUCGCAUGUAAGUUGAUCAUUUUCAAAACCCCAAUGAUUAACAUAAGCACAAUGGUAUACAUGUAUUUACAAUCGGUUUUAAAUGUGUGUAUUCUGGAGACUAAGAGCUUUCACAUAUCGGGAUCAGUUUCGACAUCGCUAGUCUCUAAAGACUAUUCACGCAUAAGUUCUGUGUUGAAUCCGUUUACAUUCUGCAUUUUCACAAAACAAGAUACUUCUGUUACGUUUACAUCAACAAUAGUGUGUAUAUAUGAGUGUUAAUGUAUAUUGAUUAUACGAGUGUUAUGGUGAGAAGAGAUAAAAGAACCUUGAAGGCUAGAUGCUGUAAUGGUUUUUACAAUAAGCAGACCGUGCCUACACACGC